GCGAAAGGACUGUACAUUGCCACCGCGGCCAUCAGGCAUUAGUGGUCACAUUGGUGCCCAAAAUCACAAUUGUCCAUUGCGAGGAAGGGUAGGAAAUCCAGUAGUCGCGAAUUUUUUUCCCUUCCGCUUUGUAGGCCCCGAGCCUGUUACGCUACGAUGAUCGAGUUAAAAGAACCCGACGUACAAGAACUUCUUAGCCUUCUCUGGGGCCCUCCGAAACUCAACGACCAUAGUCGAUAUGAUAGAUCGCUUGCGAGACGUCCAUGUGGAACAUCAGCAUACACGAACUACUGUCAUCGUCAGUGGGGCCUAAUCGCGGGAUACUUCAAUGGUCAUUACAUAGCUCUCAACAGUCUCGCCGAGCUCAAUUCCCUCAUUCAAUACCUCCUAAGCACAGAUGCGAUCGCAAGAGACCAGCUUCAUGCUUAUUUCGGAUCAAAUCAGCGUCCAAUAUUGGAUCAAAGAGCAGUGGAUACCACUAUCAAUCUCACUCUUCGCCUCCUCCUCAUGCUCCGAUUUGGCCCUGUUGAAGGGGAGGCAUCCCUUGACCAUCAUCUUCUUUGGGACUCUGGUUGCUUGAAGGAUUGCAUACGAGCUUAUCUAGAGGAUUCUCCUCAUCUCAACGUUGGAGAAAUUCGAUUCCCGAAGAACUUCAACGCGUGGAGUCUAGUCACGAUCGGGGGCAUAAAGAUUGAACUAACAGACAAUCUAGCCGACCAUCUGUUAUUGAUUGAGGACGAGAAUGACAUGAGAGUCUUGAUAUUCCACCACGUCUCGUUUCUGCGAUGCCAUCAAAGUUCGUUCUACCCUCAGGGACUUGGCGCAAGCGGAACGCUUCCUGCGGAGGCCCGAAGGAUCGAGAGGUUCAACUUUUGGAGGAACCGAUUGGUUGUUCUCAAGCAGGCGUACGACGAUGCUACUCCUCGUACGCUGUCUCAAUGGUGGCAUGACCGUCGGAACAGGGUUGUAUGGUGCACUUUUUGGUUGGCAAUCUUGGUGUUGGUGCUUGGAGCGUUGGUUGGCAUCGUUCAGUGUGUGCAAGGCGGAUUGCAAGUUUCGAAAUCAUGA